AUGAACCCAAAAAGUUCGAUGGCCUUUAGGCAGCUGGCUUUAGCUUCAAUUGUCUGUUCAUUGCUUACAUUGACUUUUCUAUUCAUCUCCGUUAUUGUGAUCAACAGAAAGGCUAAUGAAAACCGGGAUUAUAUCAUGGAGAGGUCCAGUAAAUUGAAGGUAAAUCUAACAAGUGGUAAAGAUGAUGGGUAACUAAAAUACUUUAGGCCAUGUCCGACAAUAUCUGGGCCGAUGUUAUGUCUCAACGUCAAUUGGUCAAACCAAAAAGAAGCGUGGACCGUUACGCGUCAAAUCCCUUCGUUUUAAGCAAUGUUAUCAACCAAUGUGGCAGUAAGCAAUUAUAAUUUACAGUGUAUACGGUAAUUAAAACAAAAAGAAGCAUAUUGCAUCAUCUAUUUUCAGAAUGCGCGCGUCUGAACUGCCCUGCAGGCCCAAUUGGCUUGGCCGGCGAGUCGGGAGAGGAUGGUACCCCAGGAACUCCGGGAAAACCGGGAGCCCCUGGACCUGAUGGUUUAAGCACCCCAAUGGACCCCCUUCCAGAUCCACCAUGCAUAAUCUGCCCAGCUGGACCCCCUGGCCCUCGAGGACAACAAGGAGAAAGAGGAAGACUUGGGGCAGCCGGUCAGAAAGGGCCAAGAGGGCCACCUGGAAACCCUGGUCACGAUGGGAUUAGAGGGCAAUUCGGAGCUAUCGGAGCGCAGGGCGUUCCAGGAGAACCCGGAAAAAAGGGACCUUGCGGCGAUCAAGUUAUUGGUAGGUCUCUGAACUCUCUUCGAUCGUAUCUCGUAAAAGUUUUUAUUCACGAGAAAUUGAAUUUUUAAGCCGGCGUUGGAAUACCAGGUCCAAAGGGUCCUCCAGGCAAAAGAGGGGCCGCAGGACCCCCAGGCAUGCCCGGAAGGCCUUCGAACAUUCCCGGCCCGAUUGGCCCCACUGGAAAGCAGGGACCAAAAGGCCCCCAGGGAAAAUGUGGAGUACCAGGAAGCCCUGGGGUCUACGGCCCUCCAGGUGAGGCCGGAAAUCCGUAUGGCUAUUGCUGGUCGAUCUGCGGACCAAAUACCAUCAUCAAAUCGGCCAAUCCCAUCUUUCCUUGGAGCGAUUCGGAAAAGGAGGAUUACCAUUAUGAUGACACCCAGAUUGGAGGAUACGGAUAUGGAAAAUGA